AUGACGGCAUCUGUCUCACCGACCGAUCACCGGGCAAGAGUUCAUCGCUUCUUCUCCACCCCGAAAGAUCGGGCCCGCGUCUCGCUCCACGAAAUCACAAAGGCGAGAAAUGAGACAUGCCUCCACCCCGAGAUAUUUCGGACUGCGAAUGAUUCUACUCUUGCUCGCGGGGGGAAGAGACGAGCCUCCCCACCCCGAAAUCUUUCGGCCUCGCAUCUCACUCUGUGAUAUCAGAGACAUGCCUCCACCCCGUAAUACCUCGGACUGCGAAAAUGUUGAUCGCAAGACAUUGUCACCCCACCCCGAAAUAUAUCGGACGGCCUAGAAUGUGCUCUUCCUUAUAACAGAAGCAUGAGACACCGAGACAAUGCCUCUCCACCCCGAAGUAUUUCGGGCUCCUAAAGAUGGCCUUGCUUAGAGAAGCAACAUGAGACAAUGAGGUAAUACCGCUCUGCUCUGGAAAGAUUUCGGACUGCGAACAUGGAUCUCUUGCAAGUCACAAGACAUUGCUUUGCUUCCCCACCCCGAAAUCUCGGACCUCGAAAUAUGCACAGAAAGCAAUAAUGAGAC